CUGAGACUGCGCUCUCUCUAAUACCUUCACAACUCAAGCAACUCUCGUUCGAGUUCUUGCGUCUCGCUUCCCCGCCCAUCGCAUUUGACGACUGCCUCCGAUUGCUUCCGACGACGCCGCGGCCGGAUUGGGUUGCCUACGAAAUGGCGCCCAUAGAGAAAGAUCCGCUUCUCCUGCUUCGGCAGUCAAUCGCGUCUGGCGGCGCGAUCAUCCCAACCGCGUCGGACGACCCUACGGCCACGGAAGUGCCUCUGUCGCAAGCCACCCACCUCACCUUCUCGUCCCCGACUCGCGUCUCUCUCCCGAUCGACACGCAGACGCGAUUUGCUUCCAAUGAGACUCCCAUGGACCUGCGCAGCAUCUACUUCGCCUACCUGAAGCGAGAAGUUGCCAUCCCCGAGUACAAUACCUCCGCAUCGAAGCUCAACGACGAGCUCGGAACCAAGGGCCAAGUCCGAAAACUUGCCUUCGUCGAGCGACUAGACCUGAUCACGUGGCUCGAGGGAGCUAGCGAGGAGAGCGAAUACAUCAAGCCCCUCGCCAGCGAUAAAGAUGGCUCAGCUUCUGCUUCGGCCGUUGCCUUGGCGUCCAAGGGCUCCAGUGCCCCGGCGACGGGCGCGACGCUAGGAAGAUCAGGGAAGGGAACUUUGGAUCCGAGAUUGGCAGUUAUCUACAACAGCGAGCGCAAGAUGGGUGAUCGCAAUACCGUGCUUAGAGGCAUCAAGCCUACGGACUUUUCCCACGUUCGUAAAUUGGCGGCGCCUCUCAUGUCAAAGAAGCCUGGACAGGCCACAACUUCAUCUACCAGCAUCUCGAACAACCCAUCGCUUGCGAGCCACCAGAAGCCUAGGCGGCCGGAUCCCAUCAUCCUCCUCUCACCCUCCGCGUCCUCUCUGCUGCGCAUGUCGAAUAUCAAAUCCUUCCUCGAGGGGGGCCAAUAUGUCCCUCCGGACUCUCUGGCUGCUAGCUCCAGCACGAGCGCCAGCAUGUUGCACAUCAACCGUCUGCUGAAAGGCAUCGAUCCGAAUCGGCCAAUGAGGUUCAUUCUCGUCGAGGGCCCCGAGCAGUUCAAGCCCGAGUACUGGAGCCGCGUCGUUGCCGUCUUCACCACAGGCCAGAGCUGGCAAUUCAAGAACUAUAAGUGGAGCAACCCCAACGAACUCUUCCGCCACGUCCCGGGCAUCUACGUCGGAUGGAGAGGCGACCGGCCUCCGGAGAGCAUCCGCGCAUGGGGACACAGAGUCAUGAACGUGGGCAUAGACCAAUGGAAGGAGUCGGUCGUUAGCACAGCCGACACGAGCCGAUGGAGGGACCGCGAGAUCGUGGAGAGCAUAUGGGACGCCAUCGAGACAAAUAUGCGAAACAAGGGGUGGCGAAGAGAUCAGGCUCCAUCUUCGAUAUGAAGACAGAUCUCUCGUGAAGGGAACGAGCGGGGGGGCGAGUUUACACAUUUACGAUAGACACGUGGACUACUGGACUCCAUAUUCGUGGAUCCACAGGAAGCACGAGGCGUUCUAGCUACAUGAAUGAGGCC